GCUUUGUAUAGCGCCAUCCAAUCAAAAUAGAAGGAUAAUCAAGUGCUAGCCAAAUCAACCAAUCAAAUGCUUUGUUUGGUAAUCGCUCACCUGCCCGUGGAGAAUGGCGUCAGUUGGCGAGCCUACACAUUCCAAGAGGCCACAUGCAGUUACAGAAAGAUUAAAAGAAUUCCUGAAUGCCCCCUCCCCCACCAAACAGAAGUGCUGCCCCGUCCCUGGGUGUUCAAAAGUCCUGAGUAGUGACCCAGGGCUCAGAUAUCACAUACAGGCUCAUCAUACUGACCAUAGGGACUUUGUCUGUAACACCUGUCAAAGGACCUUCAAAAGCUCCAAUGGCCUGAAGUAUCAUCUGAAGAAACGAGCAGGGUGCUGCUACGAGAAUGUCAUGGAGAUUCCAGAAAACGAGGUCAACGUUGAGCAGAAUCGGGUCAAAUCAGCUUCCAAAGUCCCUGAGCCUCUCAAUUUGAUUGGUGAUUCCAGUACGUCAACUUUGCCGUCCUUCACAAAUGUGAGCCAGAAUGAGGCUGACAGUCGACUCAUAGAGUUCGCUAAGAUUGCCACCAGUCCUCAAAGUCCUUUGAUGCAAUCUGCUCCCCUGAAAGUGUGGGAGAAAAGCCCUGCAGUCAGAAAAAUCAAGUUCCCAGAAAAGGCCAGUUCUACAACAGUCGCAAGUCAAACAUCUAGAGAUGACAAUGGGAAUUAUUGUGAUGAUGGCAGUGAUCCUAAAGUCACAUCCUCUUCGCCAUUCUCGGGGGGUCUCGGCCGGAAUUCAAACUUGGAGGAAACGUGGUCUCAUAGCUGGCCAAAGGCAGUGUGGCAGUGCUUUAUUAAAGACACAAGAAUCCAUUUCGUGGACAGCAGUGACGGACAGGAAGGUGAAAUAUCAGAAUGGCUGACAGUGGAGAACCUGGCCAAGCAGGAAACCAUAGCAACACAGGCAGCGGGAACUGACAAGAAAGACAACCAAAGCUAUGGUUGUAAUGGACUCCGCCUUUGUGCCAUCAACAAAAUGACAGAAGAAGUGGACAAUAAAAGACUCCAUCUGCUAUUCAGUCCUGAUAUUAUAGGACAGCCAUCUCUGUGGGCUGAUUGUGCAGAAGAUCAUCCGUUCUUUGUAAAAGAUAAAGGAUGGUCGUCAUGCAAUCCUUUGCUGACACACGACAAGUAUGGAAUUCCCAGCAAUGUCCUUGAGGAAAAUGAUAUUUGUCUUCAACCGGACCAUCCAAAGACCAGCCUAUCUGAUGAAGUGUUUCACACCUCAAAAGGAUAUGAUUUAACACCGCAGGAUCAGUCAGCGGUUUUCGCUCUGAGCCACAUGGCCAAGCAAAAGCGGGACUCCGAUUCUACAUCUAGUCCCCAGUCUGGUUCUGGUUCCCCAACCAAGAAACGACCAAUUAAAGACGAGGAGGGGAAGAAACCCAAGCGUCCAAUGAAUGCAUUCCUACUGUUUGCUCAAAGGCACAGAUUGACCUUGACCCAGGACUAUCCAGGGAAAGACAAUCGUGCUAUCAGUAUAAUCCUUGGAGAAAAGUGGAAGAAUAUGAAAGAAGAAGAAAAAAUGGUGUAUGAGGAAGAAGCCAGGGUGCUUGCAGAGAAACAAAAACAAAAGCAUCCAAACUGUUGGAAGAGAAAAAAAUAGAAAGACCUUUUACUCAAGUAAAUUUAUUGAAUGAUCUCAUUUAGAAAUAACCUGGACCACUGCCAAAUCCCGUGCUCUACACUUAUAAUUUAUAUUUUGUAUGUAUUUUUUACAUCUAUACAUGUACAUGCAUUUGAGAACUUUUAAAGUGAGUUGCAAGAUUUUUGCUAUUUAAAUGCUUAGCUUUUCUUUAUUGGUCACAAUUUAUUUAUAUUUUUUUAAGUGCUCACAUUGAUAUAUGCCAUAUUAGGAAAAUGACUCACAUAUUUAAUAUUGUUAUGAGUUUUGAAGAUGUAAAACACCACAGAUGUUAUUUCAUUAUAUAUAUUAUAUUUGUUACACUUCCAUAGGUGCAAAUUGAAACAUUGUAAGAAGUUUUAUUAACCCCACUGUUUUUACGGAAGAGAGGAAAUUGCAAAUUAACAAUAUAGCAUUUAAAAUUGAUUUUUAUCAUAUGGUAGGUGGGAUACAAGUUCAAAACAUAUUGCAAAAUUCAUAUAAAGUAGUUCAAAUCGUAGUUAGCUGUCAAGAGUUUACUCAACCCUCAUCAUCUAAAACGCUGUCAGACCAGAAAAAGAACAAGAUUUCCAGGCCUUUGAGAUGUUUAUAGCAUUAAAUAUAUUUAAAGAACUAGGGGUAACAACUUCCAAAGCUCAUCAACUCAUUCAUGUUAUGAUAUAGUGUUCAUGAUACCGAAGUUCAGUUGUAUUAUUAAAUCUUUUAUUUAAGACUUUAUUACUGCUUCAAAUAUUUAUUCUUGAAAAUUAUAGAAAAGAAAAAAACUUGCAGAAAAGCCCACUUUUUAUGCUCAUUUUAUGACUGCAAACAUUCCAAGCCUAGCAUUACUUCCAAUUAGGAAAAAGAACAGCGAAGAUAGAAAUACAAAUGUAGCAUAAUGCUUUAUUCUGGGAAAGUUUUUGCUCCUUGAUUUUUAUGCCCCCCUUCGAAGAAGGGAGGGCAUAUUGCUUUGCUGCUGUCCGUCGGUCUGUCUGUCUGUCGGUCCAUUUAGUUUCCGUUCAUUUUCUUCACAACCAGUGCACAUACUGAAAUGAAAUUUGGUAUACAGGUUUAUCAGGUAAAUAUCUAGGUCAAGUUCUGUUUUGGGUACGAUCACACCAUUUUUGACAGAGUUAUGGCCCUUGGACUUAGAAAAAUUUCAUUUAUUUGCAGUUUCCAUUCAUUUUCUUCGCAGGGUUUUGGCUCCGAUCACACCUUUUUUUGACAGAGUUAUGCCCCUUGGACUCAGAAAAAUUCCACUUAUUUGCAGUUUCUGUUCAUUUUCUUUGCAGAGGUUGCACAUAUUGAAAUGAAAUUUAGUAUACAGAUGUUUCAGCUGAAUAUCUAGGUCAAGUUCUGUUUUGGGUUCGAUCGCAACCUUUUUUCAGAGUUAUGCCCCUUGGACUUAGAAAAAUUCCACUUAUUUGCAGUUUCUGUUCAUUUGCUUUGCAGAGGUAGCACAUAAUGUAAUAAAAUUUAGUAUACAGAUUUUUCAGCAGAAUAUCUAAGUCAAGUUCUGUUUUGGGUACGAUUGCACCAUUUUAGACAGAGUUAUGCCCUUUUGGACUUAGGAAAAAUCCAAUUUGGGGUGAGGGGGGCAUAAGUGUUUUACAAACAUCUCUUGUUUUUUUUUUUAUCCACUGUCAUCAUGGUCAUGGAAAUAAGUCUUCCAUCAUUUUUGAAAUUAUACAAAAAUCUAUUCAUCAAUUGACACUUGUAUGAAUCCACUUUUGAUUCAGUUAUCAGAAAUAGGCAACCAGAAUAAAAAUUAAACGGAGCAAAAACUCUUGCCAGUUUACAGUAAGUUUGUUUUCGUUAUAAAAUGUUUUAUUUGUGGUGAUCUUUUAUAUGGAUUAUUUAUUGA